AUGGUAAACAUCGAUGAGUUUGUUUUUCAGCUUGACGAAGCAAGUUACAAUGAAGAUCCAACUUGUUUAACACUACUAUUACGAGAAGAAGAUCAUACAAUCGGCAAUGCUUUGAAGCACAUACUCUGUAGAAUGAAAGAUGUUACAUUUGCUGGAUACAACAUACCACAUCCCCUUGAAGAUCAAAUUUUGCUACGUGUUCAAACGAAAAAAGGCGUUGUAGCAGAAACUGUUUUGAUAGAAGCCCUCGCUCACCUGGAAACGGUUUUCGCAUGUAUACGAGAAAAAUUCGAAGCCAGCUACGAGGAGUUUGGUAAAUCAAGCAUGCUUCUUUAUGCUGAUAAUAUGUCUCAUGGUCAGUUGAUGUCCAUACAUGUCGGCCAAUGUGGCAACCAGAUUGGUCAGAGUUUUUGGAAAACGCUUUGUGAUGAGCACGCAAUUGAUGGACGAGGUCGUAUGACAUGUGAAGAAAGUGUUCAUGACAACAAGGACGUAUUUUUCUAUCAGGCUGAUGACGAUCAUUAUGUUCCUCGUGCGGUCUUGGUUGAUUUGGAGCCACGAGUGAUCAAUGGAAUCAUGACCAACGAGAAUUUCAGUAGGCUUUUCAAUCCCGAUAACAUCUACAUGUCCACGCAUGGAGGUGGUGCCGGCAAUAAUUGGGCAAGCGGCUAUGGGCAAGGCGGGGAGGUAUACGAACAAAUCAUGGAUAUCAUUGAACGUGAAUCGGAAAAUAGCGACCAGAUGGACGGGUUUCUUUUCACCCAUUCCGUAUCAGGUGGAACAGGAUCUGGUAUGGGAUCGCUGAUCCUGGAAAAAAUACGAGACAGGUUUCCGAAGAAAGUCAUCCAGACGUAUUCUGUGUUUGCAAAUCAUGAAGACACCAGCGAUGUCAUUGUUCACCCUUAUAAUUCCGUAUUAUCUAUGGAAAGAUUGAUUGAUUUCCCAGAUCAUGUUGUUGUUAUCGAUAACGCUGCUCUGAACAGGCUGGCCGCUGGAAAGUUCGAAACCCAACAGCCGACAUUUGACCAUAUCAACUCAUUAGUGACUCGUAUCAUGUCAACAUCAACGGCAAUGUUCCGCUUCGAUUCUCAUGUCCUCAGAUCAAUAUGUUCUGUGUCAUUGUCUCCCAUACAGCCAUUGCACUUUAUCCAAGCAGGAUUUUCCCCGGUCGUAGACCCUAAUGAGUCCUUCACAAGGAAAACAUCGGUUGUGGAUGUGGUUCGUAAUCUGCUGAAGCCGAGCUCAAUGAUGGUAUCCACAGCCAGUAUGACUAAACCAGAACACUGUAUGCUCUCCGCUUUCUUAUUCUUGCAAGGGCAGAUUACAUCUACAGACGUGAACACUGUAUGCUUAUCCGGUCAUCAGUCGAUCAAUGCGAUUCAUCGAGCACCAUGGGAUUUCACGAAUCCUUUGCGAAUUUUGCAUACACCAUCGUCACCAUACAUCAAACCUCAAUACAAGGUAUCCGGUUUGAUGCUAAAUAACAGUACAAGCAUCGCCCCAUUGUUUGAACGAAUUAAUCAACAAUUUGCUCGCCUUCGUAGCAAAAACGCGUUCAUCGAUCGAUUCCAAAAAGAGGAAGGUUUCUCUGUCGACAUGAUGGACAGUUCUGCUGAAAGAGUACAGGAGCUCAUUGAUUUGUACAAACAAGCUGAAAAAGCAGAGUUUCUUGGUUAA